AUGUUAAGUAAUUUUUUAAGCAAUUUUAGGAACAUAAUAAAAUACGGUUGUUUAGCUCACUGCACUUUUCAAUUCGUUGGAGAUUUCGUAGUAUGUUCAGGUCCUUCAAUGGAACCGACUUUACAUUCAGACGACGUUCUACUUACCGAACACGUUUCAACUCUGAGAAACAAAAUAAAUAAAGGUGAUAUAGUAAUUGCCAAAUGUCCUACGAAUCCUAACCAGCAGAUAUGUAAAAGAGUAGUAGCUCUACCUGGAGAAAAAGUUAAAACUGGUUUUACAUCACACGUAUAUGUCCCUAUUGGACAUGUAUGGUUAGAAGGUGAUAAUUCGUAUAAUUCUUUAGAUAGUAGAUCUUACGGACCCGUACCGCAAGGUUUAAUAAAAAGUAGAGCUGUUUGUAAAGUUUGGCCUCUUAAAGAUCUCUCUCUACUAGUAAGGUAACAAAUUUGAUGUAUUUAUGAAUUGUACGUAUAGACUGGAUUUGUGCACUGCAUUAUAUUUAAGUAUUAAUAAAAAUUAAAUAUUGAAUUUUUUAAAAAAC